AUGGACCUAUUUAAAAGUCGGCUAUGCUGGUACGACUACAUAGAGAUUCGGGAUGGUUAUUGGAGAAAAGCUCCAUUACUAGGAAGAUUAUGCGGGGAUCAUAUUCCAGAGCCGAUAAUAUCAACUGACAGUAGGCUAUGGAUUGAAUUCCGAAGUAGCAGUAAUAUCCUUGGUAAAGGUUUCUUGGCAUUUUAUGAAGCUAAGUGUGGAGGUAGUUUAAAAAAGGACAUGGGUCAGAUACAGUCUCCUAAUUAUCCGGAUGAUUAUCGGCCAGAUAAAUACUGCGUUUGGACGAUUUCGGUCUCUGAAGGAUAUGUAGUUGGUCUUGCCUUCCAAACUUUUGAGUUUGAACCACAUGAUAAUUGUCUGUAUGACCACCUCCAAAUACGUGAUGGCCCUUCAGAAGAUAGUCCGUUGAUUGGACAAUUUUGUGGCUAUGAGAAGCCUGAUGAUGUUAAAUCUACCUCAAAUACUUUGUGGAUAAAAUUUUACUCUGACUCUUCCAUCAAUAAAGCUGGUUUUUCUGCCAACUUUUUCAAAGAGAUGGAUGAGUGUGCAAGGCCUGAUAAUGGAGGAUGCGCUCAGCGUUGUGUUAAUACUCUGGGAAGUUAUAAAUGUGUCUGUGAUCCUGGAUAUGAGCUGACUCCAGACAAGAAAAACUGUGAAGUUGCCUGCGGAGGUUUCAUCACAAAACUAGAUGGGACAAUAACAAGUCCUGGCUGGCCAAAUGAAUAUCCUAUGAACAAAAACUGUGUGUGGCAAGUGGUAGCUCCAGCACAGUACAGGAUAUCACUGCAGUUUGAAGUCUUCGAUAUUGAGGGCAAUGAUGUUUGCAAGUAUGACUAUGUGGAAAUUCGCAGUGGUCUAACUUCAGAGUCAAAGCUACAUGGAAGAUAUUGUGGCUCUGAAAAACCAGAAGUUAUUACAUCACAAGGCAACGGUAUAAGACUGGAAUUUAAAUCUGAUAACACAGUGUCCAAAAAAGGAUUUAAAGUAAACUUUUUUUCUGAUAAGGAUGAGUGUUCCAAAGAAAAUGGAGGCUGCCAGCACGAGUGUAUCAACACAUUUGGCAGCUAUAUGUGCCAGUGCAAAAAUGGCUACACGCUUCAUGACAAUGGACAUGACUGUAAAGAAGCUGGCUGUGAACACAGACUUGUGAAUUCUGAAGGAACCAUUUCGAGCCCAAGUUAUCCUGAUAAGUAUCCAAGCCGCAAGGAGUGCACGUGGGGCAUAUCCACUACUGCUGGUCAUAGAGUCAAACUUGUUUUCAAUGACUUUGAAAUUGAACUGCACCAGGAAUGUGCCUAUGAUCACCUUGAACUAUACGAUGGACCAAACAGCAAAUUCUCCAUUCUUGGGCGGUUUUGCGGCAGCACGAAACCAGAGCCUGUAAUUGCAUCCACAAACAAUAUGUUUCUGCGUUUCUAUUCUGAUGCUUCAGUACAGAGAAAAGGAUUUCAGGCCAAAUAUAGUACAGAAUGUGGAGGACGCUUAAAAGCUGAGAUCCAGACCAAAGAUCUGUAUUCCCAUGCCCAGUAUGGUGAUAACAAUUACCCAGUACAGUUGAACUGUGAGUGGGUCAUUGUAGCAGAAGAUGGCUAUGGUGUGGAAUUAAUCUUUGAAACAUUUGAAAUGGAAGAAGAAUCAGAUUGUGGUUAUGACUACAUAGAAAUCUAUGAUGGCUAUGACAGUACUGCUCCAAGGCUGGCAAGAUAUUGUGGAUCAGGGCCUCCUGAAGAAAUCUAUUCUGCUGGAGACUCUAUCAUGAUACGCUUCCACACAGAUGACACCAUCAAUAAGAAAGGAUUCCAUGCCCGAUAUACCAGUACCAAAUUCCAGGACGCACUUCAUAUGAGGAAAUGA